AUGUUCUUCAUAGACAACGAUGGCUUAUUCCUCGUGUCCAACAAUUCCAACUUCGGUUUCGGUUUCACCACCACCCCCACCGACGUCACUUUGUUUUUGCUUGUCGUCAUCCACAAACUCAGCUCCACUGUAAUUUGGUCUGCCAACAGAGGCUCCUUUAUCCGUAACUCGGACAAUUUCCAGUUCGACACCUCCGGAAAUGCUUACUUACUCAGCGGCAGGUCCACCAUCUGGUCCACCAACACCCCCAACAGAGGAGUUUCUGCCAUGGAGUUGCAAGAUUCUGGGAAUCUUGUUCUGGUUGGUGAUGACAACAGCAUUAUCUGGCAGAGCUUUAGCCAUCCCACCGACACUCUCGUGUCGAACCAGGAGUUUUCCGAGGGGAUGAAGCUAGUGAGCGACUCCGGCUCGAAUAACUUGAGCUACUCCCUCGAGAUUACAUCCGGUGACAUGAUUCUUUCCGCAAAUUUCAAGCCUCCACAGCCUUACUGGUCCAUGAGCAGCGACACACGGAUAACCAUCAAUAAAGAUGGAGGGCCGGUGACCUCCGCUGUCCUCACCGCCAAUUCUUGGAAAUUUUACGAUUCCAACAAAGAACUGCUCUGGCAGUUCAUUUUCACCGAUGGCGGCGCUGCUGAUAACUCCACGUGGGCAGCAUCUUUAGGGAGUGAUGGUUUCGUAACAUUUACGAUGCUUCUCGAUUCUUCCCCGACUCAGUCCUCGACGAGGAUACCUCGGGAUGAGUGCAGUAGACCCGCAGCAUGUGAUCCUUACUACGCAUGUUACCCUGGGAAUAAAUGCCAGUGCCCGUCGGGUUUUCCCUCCUGCAAGUCCAUGGCCGCCGCCUCAUGUGGCGGCGAUCUCGUGAGCGGUGGUGAGGGGCUCGGCUACUUUGCGCUGAAAUUCGUUCGCCCCUUUUCGAAAACCACUCUGGACAGUUGUAAGUCUUCCUGCAUAGGGAACUGCUCAUGUGGGGCCAUGUUUUUCGACCCGACCUCUGGGAACUGCUUUCUUUUCAACGAGAUAGGAAGCAUGGUGGCGUCCUCCACCGGCUAUGCCUCCUACAUAAAAAUCUCCACCACCGGCAGCGGAGGCGGCGGAGGAGGGGCAAGCGGCGGUAAACACUUUCCAGUGGUGGUUGUCGUGAUUGUGAUCCUCACAGUGUUCGUCAUAUCCGGUUUGCUUUUCGCUGGGUUCCAUUUUUUCUUCAAGAAGAACAAAAAAAAUGUGCCAGAGAGUCCGAAAGAGAGCUCGGACGAGGAUAACUUCCUGGACAGCCUGUCGGGGAUGCCCAUUCGCUUCAGCUACAGGGACCUCCAAGAGGCGACCCGCAACUUCUCGGUGAAGCUCGGGCAGGGAGGGUUUGGGUCCGUUUAUCAAGGAACCCUGCACGACGGGACCCGCCUGGCUGUCAAGAAGCUGGAAGGCAUUGGACAAGGGAAGAAGGAGUUUCGGGCAGAGGUCAGCAUCAUCGGCAGCAUCCACCACGUCCAUCUUGUUCGCCUCAGGGGCUUCUGCGCCGAGGGCAGCCAUCGCCUUCUUGCGUACGAGUACAUGGCAAACGGGUCUUUGGACAAGUGGCUAUUCCGUAAGGACAAAGAAGGAGUCUUGCUACUCGACUGGGACACGAGAUACAACAUAGCCGUGGGGACCGCUAAGGGCCUUGCCUACCUCCACGAGGAUUGCGACGUGAAAAUAGUCCACUGCGACAUUAAGCCCGAGAAUGUGCUUUUGGACGACCACUUCAUGGCUAAAGUGUCUGAUUUUGGGCUCGCGAAGCUCAUGACUAGGGAGCAGAGCCAUGUGUUCACAACUAUGAGGGGCACGAGAGGGUACCUUGCACCCGAGUGGAUCACAAACUAUGCCAUAUCCGAGAAAAGCGAUGUCUACAGCUACGGUAUGGUAUUGCUUGAAUUGAUAGGUGGACGGAAAAACUACGACCCAACAGAAAGAUCUGAAAAAUCGCAUUUCCCGUCGUAUGCGGUUAAAAUGUUGGAGGAAGGGAAAAUAAGGGAUAUAAUAGAUGCGAAGAUGAGGGUGGAGGAGGAGGACGAGAGGGUGGGCAUAGCGAUAAAGGUGGCACUUUGGUGCGUGCAGGAUGACAUGUAUCUGAGGCCACCGAUGACUAAAGUGGUGCAGAUGCUGGAGGGGCUCAGCCCAGUGCCACCGCCACCCACGACGAGUCAGCUGGGUUUGAAGCUGUAUUCGAGCUUCUUUAGGUCGUUAAGCGAGGAGGGGACCUCUUCGGGGCCAUCCGAUUGUAACAGUGAUGCAUAUCUAUCAGCCGUUCGCCUUUCGGGUCCAAGAUGA